AUGUCUGUGAGCCGAUAUCAAAAUGAUGUCUACGAAUCAUCAUCAUCGCCUGUUCUUUCAUCAACGGAUGAUCAGUGCUCUUUAAUUGAUGAGGGUUAUUGGCAUGAUAAUGAUUUGGUGUUGGCUGCUGAAUUGGGCAAAGCUCUACUGGACAGAAAUCGUAAACUUGAAUUAGCUUUAGAAAAGUCAAAAUUUGUUGAACGUGAAAAAAGUGCUGAAAUUGAGUUUCUAAUAAAAGAAUUAACGAGUCUGCGGGAAUUGAGUAAUCGUAAAAUGGAAUUUGUUGAUGAAGCUGAUCGGUACAAUCAAGAAUUAAGCAACAGCAAUCGUCAAUUGAUGCGUAAAAUAUCUGAAGAUCAACAGAAAAUUCAACGCUUAUCAAAUACAAUUGCAUCAUUAGAAGAUCAAGUAGCUGGAUUAACAGAACGUUUGAAAAAAUGUGAAUGUCAAGCAAUGAUUACUGAGAAACGAUCCGCCUAUUCGCAUUCUUCACCCAUGUCUACUUAUCGACGUCGAUCGAGCCGACAUUCUAUCUCAUCCUCCUCGUCGAUAUCGUCGGCAAUAGUAUCAUCUAGAAAAAUGACUACUGUUGUUAGCGCUGCUACUGCUCCUACUACUACUACUAACAACAAUAAUAAUAAUAUUAAUAAAAGUAGUAUUAAUAAUGAUAAUAACACAUUUUUCACAAGACAUUGGAAUAGAUCGUUGCGUUCUAAAAAUUAUUUUCCAAAUAGAAGUAAGUCGAAUCAGAUGUCUUAUUCCAUGAAUCGAAGAUAUUCUAGUCAACGUAAUCCAUCUAGAAGGAAAUAUCAUGAAAAAGGUGGAUUAUUCUACAUAGAUGAUGAUUUCUUCGAUCAACCAGAGAUUGGUACCAGCGCACACCAUAAUCAUCAUCAUCACCGACGUCUUCCACAAUCUUCAAUCUCAUUAGAAAUCAAAACUAACAAUAAACAGCAUUCACAACUGUCCAAUGAUGCGAGCAUUCUGUCAAAACGAGGUGGACAACACUCUUCAACACUUCUUGACAGGGAUAACAAUUACGAUGAUGUUGAAGAUGAUGAUGAUACCGCCUAUGGAAUUGAUUACAAUGACUGUAUAUCAGAUAUGCAAAGAUUGUCGCUGUAUCGUACAUUCAGUUGGCCACGUAUUAACGAUGAAAUCUUUGAUGACAGAUUUGACGAACCACCACCUCUUCAGUCGGAUUAUGAUAAUACUUUCCAGUACCGUUUAAAUAAUGAACAUAAUACUGGGAAAUUAUUCAAAGAAAAUGAGGACAGUGGGGAUGAUCACGAUGAGGAUGAGGAUGAUCUUCAUGAUAGUGACAGAGAUACACCAACUACAACAAAUGAGAAUAAACAAUGUCGUGAAUCUUCAAAUGCGAAACAACUUUGUACAUCAUCAGAGUCUGUACUAUUGUCAAAUUCCACAUUCAAUAGAAGUUGUGAAGCAGAUCAGAUCCACUCAUCUACACCGUGUCAACGAAAAUGCAAACAAUCAUCAUCCAGUGUGAAAGAUACUUCUGAAGGCGAAACACCCAACUGUUCAUCAUCAUCAUCAGCUGAUGAUGAUAAAGAAAAGCCAAGAAUUGCUGAUCAAAUUAACGACUUAUUAGAUGAUAUCAAUUUUGUCAGUUGCCUUGAUCGUAUCUACAAUCCACAUAUACGUUCACAAUAUCAAGAUUUAAUUAAUAAAAAUUAUAAACCAGCCUAUAAACAAUUAUUUCAUGAAACUUUUACUUUAUUAAAAACUAUACGUAAUAAUAGUAAUAAUAAUAACAGUAAUAAGUCGAGUAUAAAUUGACUUUUGAAAAAAAAAGUGGUGUUGUUUUCGUUCCCCUUCCCUUCGUCUUCCUCCCUCCCCACCAGUAUCAAUCAAUUUGUUUGAGAAACUUAACCCUUUUUAUUCCUGUUAUUGUAAUUUCUCUGAAUUAUACUUCAACUCCUCACUUCUCGUAUCGUUUUCAGUCGUAAUAAUAAUCAUAAUAGUAUUGAUUAGGCAAUGAAUAUGAGCAUGCCAUAACUUUCUAGUCUAUGUACACAUCCCAGUGAUGUCAGACAAAGUGGGAACAGAAAUACAUACACUCACACACACACACACAAGUUUGUAUACAUAGUUUCAAACCAACGCAAAUCGUUAGGUGUGUCUAUGGAUUCAUUCAUAGUUAAAUCCAAUUGUGUAUAGCUAUGAUAACAUUACAGUGUAGUUCUUUCGUUCUUCCUAUUAUCACUAAAUGUGUGCCAUCAUCCUUUCCCUAUCUAUCUCUGUCUCUGUACACCUGUUUCGUGUUUGUGUGCAUUUGAGAUGUGCUUUGCUAUACACAUACACACACACCCCACACAUGAAUAUAACGAGAUUGUGCUAUUUUUCACUAUUUGUUUAGUCUCUCUUUGUGCAUUUCUCCAGCUGAUUUCGGUUUGCAAAGAAAUACUCAUUUGUUGUGUUCCUGUUGCUGUAGUUGUAUUGUGUUUCUUUCCAACAGUUCGAUGUUGCCUUGUUUGCCUUAUAUUUUUGUGUUUUGGCUAUCUGUACUUUAUUAUUUAAUAGAAGUUACUUCACUUUAUCUUUCUGGGGAAAAAGAUGAGUUUCGUUGUUUGUUAAUUUGUUUUUUGUUUAAAACGAUACUUCCGCGGGAUUUUGAAACGAGAACUAAAACAAAAAUGCUAUUUUAAACAAUUAAUUGAUCAGUUGUUUUUAAUAUACUUUUGUUUUCUCUCAUAAUGAAUUUAUUAUGUAAAGUUUAAUUUUUUGUUGCAGUUUCGGCGG